GGCCCCAGCAGCCGCCGCGCUCCCAGAGUGCCCGCACCUCCGCUCCCGGGAGUCGAGCUCCGAGUGUCCGCCGCUCAGCGUCCAGUCCGCCAGCAUGUCGGGGAUCAAGAAGCAGAAGACGGAGAGCCAGCAGAAAUCCACCAAUGUCAUCUAUCAGGCCCACCACGUGACCAGGAACAAGAGAGGGCAGGUCGUUGGCACGAGGGGUGGAUUCCGAGGCUGUACGGUGUGGCUGACUGGUCUCUCUGGUGCUGGAAAAACCACAAUCAGUUUUGCUUUGGAAGAGUACCUGGUCUCUCACGCCAUCCCGUGCUACUCCCUCGAUGGGGACAAUGUACGACACGGCCUUAACAAAAACCUCGGAUUCUCCCCCGGGGACAGAGAAGAAAAUAUCCGCCGGAUUGCCGAGGUGGCCAAGCUGUUUGCCGAUGCUGGUUUGGUCUGCAUUACCAGCUUCAUUUCUCCUUUUGCCAAGGAUCGUGAGAAUGCCCGCAAAAUCCAUGAAUUGGCAGGACUGCCGUUCUUUGAAAUCUUUGUGGAUGCACCUCUAAACAUCUGUGAAAGUAGAGACGUGAAAGGCCUCUACAGGCGAGCCCGAGCCGGGGAGAUCAAAGGGUUCACGGGUAUUGAUUCUGAUUAUGAGAAACCCGAGACCCCCGAGUGUGUGCUGAAGACCAGCUUGUCCUCAGUGAGUGACUGUGUCCAGCAGGUGGUGGAGCUCCUGCAAGAGCAGAACAUUGUACCCCACACGAUCAUGAAAGGCAUCCAUGAGCUCUUCGUGCCAGAAAACAAACUUGACCAGGUCCAGGCUGAGGCCGAAGCUCUCCCUUCGUUAGAGAUUACCAAGCUGGAUCUUCAGUGGGUCCAAGUUUUGAGCGAAGGCUGGGCCACUCCCCUCAAGGGUUUCAUGCGAGAGAAGGAAUACUUGCAGGCCAUACACUUUGAUACCCUGCUGGACGGCAUGGUCCUUCCUGACGGAGUGAUCAACAUGAGCAUCCCCAUCGUACUGCCCGUCUCUGCGGAUGAUAAGGCGCGGCUGGAGGGGAGCAGUGAGUUUGUCCUGACACAUGGCGGACGGAGAGUGGCUAUCUUACGAGACCCUGAAUUCUACGAACAUAGAAAGGAGGAACGUUGUUCCCGCGUGUGGGGGACAAUGUGUGCAAAACACCCCCAUAUCAAAAUGGUGAUGGAAAGUGGGGAUUGGCUGGUGGGUGGAGACCUGCAGGUGCUGGAGAGGAUACGGUGGAAUGACGGGCUGGACCAGUACCGGCUGACGCCUCUGGAGCUCAAGCAGAAGUGUAAAGAAAUGAACGCCGAUGCGGUGUUCGCGUUCCAGCUGCGCAACCCCGUCCACAACGGCCACGCUCUGCUGAUGCAGGACACCCGCCGCAGGCUGCUGGCGCGGGGCUACAAGCAGCCCGUGCUCCUGCUGCACCCUCUGGGGGGCUGGACCAAGGACGACGACGUGCCCCUGGCGUGGCGGAUGAAGCAGCACGCGGCGGUGCUGGAAGAAGGGGUCCUGGACCCCAAGUCAACCAUCGUUGCCAUCUUCCCCUCCCCGAUGCUGUACGCUGGCCCCACAGAGGUCCAGUGGCACUGUCGGUCCCGGAUGAUUGCAGGGGUCAAUUUCUACAUCGUGGGCCGGGACCCUGCGGGCAUGCCCCACCCUGAGACCAAGAAAGACCUGUACGAACCCACUCACGGAGGCAAGGUCUUGAGCAUGGCCCCGGGCCUGACCUCGGUGGAAAUCAUUCCAUUCCGCGUAGCUGCCUACAACAAAGCCAAAAAAGCCAUGGACUUCUAUGACCCGGCAAGGCACGACGAGUUUGACUUCAUCUCGGGGACACGAAUGAGAAAGCUGGCCCGGGAAGGAGCGAACCCCCCAGACGGCUUCAUGGCGCCCGCAGCGUGGGAAGUCCUGACAGACUAUUACCGGUCCCUGGAGAAGAACAACUAAGUGCCCUCCGGCUCCAGAGUUUCUUCUCGAAGUGCUCUUGGGUUCUCUUUCCUAUUUUUGUGAUUAGAUGCUUUGUACAUGAUUGCUUCUCAGUGACUGAUUUCCAUGUUUUAUAAUGGGGUAAAACUUGUGUCUAUAAUUUAAAGUCAACCUCAAUAAUAUAUAAAAGAAAGUCCGAAUGAAGGCCACCUCCUAGCAGGUGCACGCAGUACUGUUAUUUCAGAAUGAAAUUGUGUUCUCUACUGCAUCUGACUACGUAGGUCCCGGGUUUGUGAACGCUUUGACUGUGUGUCUUAAGUUUACUGGCCAAGGGGUGAAGUGUAUUUUCCAGCUUAAGUCUUGCCCAAGGUCCCCGCAGUAACGGGAACCAGACUGAGCAACCUCUUCUGUACAACUGGCCUGGGGGGGGAUUUCUCACCCCCAAACGAGGUGGGGCUCGCGUGAAGCUUCCCGCUGCCUCACCUCCUGCCUCCCGCCCCAUCUGCUAAGGGCCCCAAGCCACACCUCGGAUCCAUGCGACCGAGUUCGGCCGAGAAAGUUUAGGUUAUCUAAGAAAGGAGGGCGGCCUUACCGCCCUUGUGUGAAGAGAACCGCAGGUCAACGGUGAUUUUUCAGUCGGAGAACACAGGACGCCUUGAGGAACAGACUGGCACCCACGGCUCAGACGAUCCGGCAUUGUUUGUGGUGGGAAGUUAAUUUUUCUCCUCUUUGCUGUGGUCACUGUGUCCUGGGAGAAGCAGCUCGGGCCCAACCAGUGCAGACCAUCAGACUAGUGAGCUGCUGGAAUGGGGAAAAGACCCCAGAAGGCCU